GGCGGACGGUGCAGACAACGGCUCAUACGAUCAGCUCUAAAAACAAAACAAAAAAUCUGUUAAAAUUAAACAAAAAACUAUCCAAGAUUUUAAAUUAAAAUUCAGCAUAAUAGCCAACAUCCCUACGCGCUUAGUUUCAAUCUCGAAGAAAAGACUACAUUUUUUUAUUGUUUCUGUUCGGUGACACAAAAAAUAAAAUAUUAAAAAUAUUAAGUACAAAAAAAAAUACACAACAAAUACCUCAAAUCACGUGCUAAAAGUGGCCAAAAAAAGAAAAAAUUCCAACAAAAAUAAUACAAAAUUCAAGUGAUUUUGAAACACAUCCCCAAAGAUAUCAGAUCUGAUAUACAAACCAUAUCAACGGUCCGGUGACUAAGCCCAGCCUGUCAGCCUCAGCCCUUCUACCUCUGUAACCCCCAAGUCCCCCCAAAACCAAAAACAAAACAUCAACACAUCUCACCAACCAUCUUCCUCCAAACUUCCACCACCACCAACCACACAAUCCCCUCAACCAGACCAAGGAUAACUACGGAUUACAGACUCCGGACCCCGAGCUACAAAACUACGAAUUCAGAUUCUGACAGACGGUAUCAGGAGACGCACAAAACUGACGGAAUCAAGAAUACCCACACGGCGCCACAACAUUCCCCACACUCGUCACUACAAUGUAAACCAUACGUUUCUUCAGAUUCCUUCAAUUCUUGUUCCGAUAUUCAAUUCUUUGUACAUUCUGUAGUAUCAGCAUAGAUCGAACGAAAGCCUACAACAAAAAACAAAUACAAAAAGCAAUCAAUGCACUUUCCAUAAUUUAUUAAAUUAUUUAUGUAAAAUACAACAAUUUUGUGAUAUACAUUUUUUUUUGUGUUUAGUCGUAGUUAGAAAACCGAUAAAAAUACAUCUAAUAGAAAAAAAGGAAAAAAAACCAAACAAAAAGUAUGCAAAGCCCAUAGACAGUAAUCGAUAACGAUAAACAAAAAAAACAAAAUAUACAUAUUUAUUAGUGCACAUUUUUUUUCAUUUGUGUGUUUUGUAUAAAGUGUGUUAUUAUUAUUUUUUUUUUAAAUUAAUUAUUAGCUAAGCAGCAGCAGAGAUUAGUUCAAAUUAAGUUUAGUCGAUGAGUUUCAGUUGCGAAUACUCGCUUGAUAGAAGGCCCCCCACACACGACGCGACACCGAACACAUGCACGCAGCCCAGAGCUGCUCUACACGACUCUUAAUAAAGACGUAGUUACACGACACCAAUGCUAAAAUGUCGCUGCCCAACGAACAGACAAACAUGCCGCACAAUCCCGACACAUCCUCACCCACAUCCACAUCCACAUCCACAACAACAACAGCAUCCACAUCUACACCAACACCUUCCAACACAACAACAACAACAACAACAACAAACACACCAAAUGAGCUGAAACAACGCCUGACGCCAUUAAAUGUGCGUCGUUUAUCGGGCUACGUAAAUCCGCAACCGAUCAGCGAUAAUGCUAUCGAUAGUCAUGAUGAUCCCCCGCCCACCACCAUUAAUAUUGGUCUCUACAACAACAACAAUAACAACAACAACAAUAAUACAAAUAAUAACAACAACAACAACAACAACACAACGCCACCAUCUGCAUAUGCCACACCACCAAUAUACCAACAACAGUUGUCAACACUGACAACAACAACACCGCUAGACGUGGCACAGGAUGAUAAAUAUCGAUUGUUUACCAUUUUCAAUGGAAACGAUCCCGACAAUGAGAAAUUGUCGGGCCUACCACAUUCGACAACCGGUUCACUAAGCUCAAUCAUCACGACGUCCAUAGCAUCCUCCGAACCGGAUCCUGGAGCGGCGAGUGGCGGCGGAGGCGGCGGCGGUAGUGGCAGUGGCGGUGGCGGUAGCGGUAAUGGUGGCAUCGGAUCAGGAGCCCUGGUGGCAGCAGAUGCCUCCAGUAUUGCGGGCAUCAAUGGCAGCUCCGAGGAGAAGUUGGCCCUCAACCGGCCGGGUAUCAAGCAGGAAAAGUGGACCACCAUCCUGCUUCAGGUAUCCAUUCCGUUCUUCCUGGCCGGCAUUGGAACCAUUGGAGCUGGCAUUGUCCUGGGACGCGUUGAGAAAUGGUAUGUCUUCAAGAAUGUGAGUGAGCUGUUCAUCUUGGUGCCGGCGCUAUUGGGACUGAAGGGCAAUCUGGACAUGUGCCUGGCCUCGCGACUCUCCACCCAGGUGAAUCUGGGGAACAUGACCAGUCGGCAGAGCGUGGUGCGAAUGAUCGUGGGCAACAUAGCCUUGGUGCAGGUACAGGCCACUGUGGCGUCCUUUCUGGUGGCCAUGUUUGCGGUGAGCGUGGGAGCGGCGAUGACGGGCGAGUUCUACUUCGAGAAUAUGAUGCUCCUCACCGCCUCGGCCAUGUUCACUGCCACUUCCUCGUGCUUUGUCCUGGACUUUGUCUUGGUGGCUGUGAUCCUGUUCUCGCAGAAGUAUCGCCUCAAUCCGGACAACCUGGCCACGCCCCUGGCCGCAUCUAUUGGCGAUGUGGUGUCCAUAAGUCUGCUCUCGUUUAUUGCCUCGCUUCUGUACGAGCAUAUCAAAACGCAUCUGUGGAUCACCUUCAUCGUGGUCUGCUGCUACCUGGUGCUGCUGCCCAUGUGGGUGAUGAUUGUGCUGAGGAACGAGUACACGCGACCGGUGCUUAAAAGCGGAUGGGUGCCCGUUCUGUCGGCUCUCUGCAUAAGUGGUCUGGGUGGCCUUGUGUUGGAUGCCGCCGUUGAGGUAUUCAAUGGAUUUGUGGUCUUUCAGCCGAUCAUCAAUGGAAUCGGCGGCAAUCUGGUGUCGGUGCAGGCCAGCAAGAUAUCGACGAUGCUGCACCAGAGCUCAAUUAUUGGCAUUAUACCACCGCACACCAAAAUCUUUGAGUGGCCCUGGCGGGCGCUCUUCAAAGGAGUUCCCUAUGCGAAAACGGCGAGGAUACUCAUUGCCAUGUCCAUUCCCGGCAAUAUACUCUUCAUUUUCGCGGCUGACUACAUCAACAUGAGCACCUCGACGGUGUCUUGGGUGUUUGUGGUCUCUUAUCUGACCGCCAGCUUGGUUCAGGUAAUGCUGCUGCUGUACAUUGCCCACAUAAUUGUGCAUGCGAUGUGGAAGUGGAAGAUCGAUCCGGACAACUCGGCCAUCCCCUACCUGACGGCGUUGGGAGAUCUCCUGGGAAGCAGUCUGCUGGCCGUGGCGUGGCUCUUCACCAUGUCCGUGGGCAUGCAGUACGGCUCCGGAAUGGAGACCCUCAACGCGCCCAACUAGAAAAUGCACAGCACUGAG